GGGGGGGGCAGCCGAGGGCUCCAGGGCAUUCUUGUCCUGAAACUUACCCAGCCAGGCAAAGCCCCCGCCCCCCCCAAACCCCCAACCCAGGUUAUGGAUGAGUGAAUGUGGUGCAUUAAAAACAGGGAACCUUUCCCCUCCUCCCCCCAGGUGUGAUGCAUUAAAAUUGACGUGCAGCAUGUAGUAUGUGCAUAAAGUGACUGUGUUUGUCAUGUAUGAGGUGAGGCCUGUGCGGGUCCAGCCCGCCUGACCAGGACCACCAGAGGAUGGGACGUGGCGACUGUCCCCCAGCAAGGCAUGAGCCCAGGCACAGAGAGCAAGAGGUCCAGGAGAGACCCCCGGGAGACAGAACAACCCCCGGUAGGACCCCCACUCCCGAAUUGGACCAAGAUGCUGAGCCCGGUCCACCGAACCCAAAGCCGCCCAGGUGACGUCACAGGCCGACCGACCCGCGGAGGAGCCGCCAAGGCUGAUGCCGGCGCCAACCCAAAGAGAGAGCCAGACCCCCAGCCGCCCCCGCAAGCAGAGGAAGGCCCCCGGCCCCCCGGAGGACAGAAAGACGGAGGCAAGGGAGCAGGUGCAACCAUGCCAGCUGCUGGUGCUGGCAGGUUCAGUUCUGUCCUUUGACUCUGCGUUGUGUUUUUAUUGUCUUUAAUAACGAGGACAGAGACGAUUGUAGGGAUUUCGCCCCACAACGGCCGUUUAUUGCUUCCUGCAGUGGCAAUGAAUGAAAGAGCUGGUCAGUCACGAUGGCUUUACAGUCGGGUACAAACACAGUCCCCUGCAGAAGAGUCAGAAAGAUGUAAUGCUAUACUAUUAGUUACCAUAGCCGCAUCAUUUUAACAGUAACAAGUACAGAGCGCAGGGGAACCCAACUUACCUUGAACGUGGACAACCUCGAACUGACGAGACCAGCGCGCCGAUGCCCGAUCACGUCAGCAGGAGGAGGCGUUCAAGA